AUGUCGAAGAUCAUCACGGCCAUCGCCGCUCUGUCGGCCGCGAUCGUCGGCGUGACGGCUCGCCCAGGGUUCCUGCAAACUCGCGAUACCACUAGCAAUUUCAGUCUCUUUGCCUACGGAUCUGAUUCAGACAGCGCCAUCGGUGGCUACCCUAUCUUCUAUAACGAGGGUUUUGCCUACAUCGCCAACCCAGCGAAGGUGAACUACACCGAUAAAUAUGUUCUCUUCACCAAGGGCACCGAGGACACGACCGAGUGGGUGGCCAGCCCGCUGACAACCAGCAACACCACCUGGACCGAGUCUCUGUUCUACGUUCCUUCUCCUUACGGCCCCACUGGUUUCUACAAGUCUGGCCUCAGCAACGUGACCGAGUCCAGCAUAAUCACCUCCGGCUUCACAUUCUACGGAACAACCGCUAUGCUCAAGAUCGACGGUUCGCUCUACACCGAGUGGUAUGCCGUGGAAACCAGCGUCGAUGGCCUGUGGAGCGUCGGCUGGAACGCUACCGGUGCUGGCGUGACAGAUGCCGAACUCAUCACAGUCAGGAGGGUCAACCCGCCCAACGUCGAGUACCCCGACGAGUAA